CUCGACUUCCUCGAACUUACCCAGGCGUUGCUGCUUUCUUGCAUCUCUCGAUUUGUAGUUGUCGGCCUGGUUUUCUGCUGCUGGGAGGAAGUGGGAACGGCUGCUGCUGGUAGCUUGGGCGGCUGCAUGCCUGCAUUCAGUGAUCUAUAAACUCAGGGGAUGGCUGGAUUGAAAGGAAAUCCAUGAGAAAUGGAGAGGCGAGGGUCAGAGACUUACCGUCGUUCUACUUCUACCGAGGUCGUCGUCGCUCGCCGGAGUCUGGAGGUGUCGUCGGCUCGUCGAUUGAGUCUGGUGAGGGGUGAGAUGAUGGCGCUCGAAGGGAGAUGUACAGGAGACGGGGGAGAUCGACUGCGGAGUGCCGACUGCUCUCGAACGAACGGAGAUAGAAGGGAGAUGACGGCGCCGUCGUUUGCCUCGUCGUCGCCAGAUGUGUGCCUCGUCGUCGCCGCCGAGGGAUAGAGCAGAGGCGAGAGGGUUUCAGUCCUCAGCUGCGGAAAUGGAAAUUG